AGGACGGAGGGAGGGAGGGAGAGGGAGGAGAAAGAACAGAUCUAUGAGAGGAGGAGGAGGAGUAGGGGUGGGGGGGGGUGUUGCAUGCUCACAGAGUGUGACAGUGAUAGAGCGGCUCCAUGAGCGAGAAAGAGACACAGACACAGAAAGGGAGAGCACAAAGCAGAGAUGGAGACUGACAUAAAGGUAGCUGGCAAGACUGAGAUCAGCACACAUACGUGAGCAGAGGAGGGGAAGGAGGAAGAGAGUGGAGGUUGAAGGAGAGCAGGAGGAGAGUGAGAGAAGGCUGCAAGAUGAUGGAGCCCAGAAAUAGGCUUCACAGGACAGCUUUUCAACCCUGUUGUCUGCGACAGACAUGACUCUGGGCAUUGGACUGUGCUGAAAUUAGCCAGGGGGACACAGGACAGCAGGUCUGCAGCGCACUGCCUUGGUUCAGCCUCACUGGAUGCAGCAAGGCAGCUGAUUUAUUACUGAGGGGCUGGGUGGCAGUGUGUUUGUGUGUGCAGCUCUGAGCGAGUGUAUGUGUGUGUCUGUGUGUGUAUGCAGGUUUUUAUGGGUCCUUGUAGUGCUCGGAGCUGUGGAAGCGACCAUUCCUCCAGUCAUAAAAUGACAUUCAGCAGGCAGGAGCUUUGUGUGCUGGUGUGGAUCUGCAGUCCUCUGUAGGAAGUGGGAGAGUUGGAUUCAGAGCUGUCUUCGAGUGCAAGAGUGUGUGUUUAUAGCACUGUUGGACAAGGUGGAUCAGCUGUAUGUGGUGUGUGUGUUUAGAUUAGAGUAGCAAGGGUGCAGCUAAGGCAAAGAUCGUACACUAUGCAAGGACGAGCGCAGAGCAGCACUGAUGGCAGGCAGUGCAGGUAAAGUACAAGGAGUGCCCUGGGGGUAGGGUGGAGGACAAAGCCGGGACAGAGGAAGAAGAGGAGGAAAGAGCGAGGGGACAGAGAGAGGCAAGUGGAAAAGAGAGGGAGAUCAUGGCUGUCAUGCAGUGAGCUAUAGCAUAUGCUGUAGCGCAGAACAGAGUGGUGCGGCAGGGGGAGGAGAAGCAUCACUGCACAGGGGAGGGGGAGAAAGAAGGAGAGUGAGGGAGAGAUAAGGGGGAGGCAAUCAACUCCUCAACCAGGAAGAGAGGCGCAGCGGGACAGGCCCAGGAGAAGACAUUUACUCUCACACACAGUCAAAGACGCACUGACGAGCAGCCAGGUCAACGUGUAGAGGUCAGAAAGGGAGCUAGUGAGGGACAGGGGCUGGGUGUACCUCCGCUGGCCGCCAGGUCCACAAGAGUGCGGGCCGGUCCUGAGAAGAAGAGGAGGAAGAAGAAGAAGAAGAAAUAGAAGGAGACCAUCGAAGGAAGAGGGGUCGGCUCCCCAAGUCCCGUUUCUCCUGACAGCUCGGCCACUUUUCCAUCACCAUGGGGGAAUGGACCAUUUUGGAGAGGCUGCUGGAAGCGGCUGUCCAGCAGCACUCUACCAUGAUCGGAAGGAUCCUGCUGACUGUGGUGGUGAUUUUCCGUAUCCUGAUAGUAGGCAUAGUGGGCGAGAAGGUGUAUGAGGAUGAGCAAAUUAUGUUCAUCUGUAACACAAUGCAGCCCGGCUGCAACCAGGCCUGUUAUGACAAGGCCUUUCCCAUCUCGCAUAUCCGCUACUGGGUCUUUCAGAUCAUCUUGGUGUGCACGCCGAGCCUGUGCUUCAUCACAUAUUCUGUUCAUCAGUCUGCUAAAGCACGUGACCGAAGCUACUCUCUCCUGCAUCCUUACAUGGAUCACCACGGUCAUGGUCACCACGGUCGCCAUCAUGACCAUCAUGCUCGCAAGCUCCACUCUCGCAACAUUAACGGCAUCCUGGUGCACCCUGACAGCAGCAAGGAGGAUCACGACUGCCUGGAGGUCAAGGAGAUCCCCAAUGGACCACGGGGACUUCCUCCAACACACAAGAGUGCCAAAGUCCGACGGCAGGAGGGCAUCUCCCGUUUCUACGUCAUCCAGGUAGUGUUCCGCAAUGCGUUGGAGAUCGGCUUCUUGGCCGGCCAGUACUUCCUGUACGGCUUCAAUGUGCCAGGGAUGUUUGAAUGUGACCGCUACCCUUGUGUGAAGGAAGUGGAGUGUUACGUGUCUCGUCCCACAGAAAAGACCGUGUUUCUGGUCUUUAUGUUUGCAGUGAGCGGCAUAUGUGUGCUGCUCAACCUGGCUGAGCUCAACCACCUUGGCUGGAGGAAGAUAAAGACGGCCAUCCGAGGGGUCCAGGCCCGAAGGAAGUCCAUUUGUGAAGUGCGCAAGAAGGAUGUUUCACACCUGUCCCAGGCCCCAAACCUGGGCAGGACCCAGUCUAGCGAGUCAGCCUACGUCUGACAGAGGCUUCUCUGCCUGGGGGCUCGAGGACCUCUUAAAUUUUGGACAAGAGCUUUUCCCUGGCCCAGGACUCCUAAUCAUUAGGGCACAAAACUCAUCACUGCAUUAUUAUUCAGGAGCACAGACAGACUCUGUGUAGUCAAGAUGAAGCAUCAAGCCACAAAAUCUUUGACACCUCAAGAGACAAGAAUCACCUUUUUAAAAAGGCAACUGUGUUGCUGUAACAAAGCUUACAUCUAAAGCUUACAUGACGGAGAGUUCUGCUCUACCUAGGCGACACUAGGUGCCUUUAAAGAACCCAAAAGAUAAAUCUGAGCUACUACUAACAACACUGUAAAGAUAUGAGGUUGAGUCUGAGAUUGAAUUACCUGAAGUUCAUUAUUUUGCUGAAGGUCAGAAAUACUCUGCAUCCAUCUAUCCAUCCAAUUUCUAUACCGCUUAUCCGUCAGGGUCGCGGGGGUGGGGGCACGGGUGGGGUACACCCUGGACUGGUUGCCAGUCAAUCAUAGAGCUAAAUAAUCCCCUUAUUUUCCAAUUAUGUGCGCAUAUGCAAGAGAUUAAGUGUGUGCAUGCAUACGCAUGUGUGGGGAAAAAAAAGCCAAUCUGACUUGAGUCAGAAAAUUGAAUGCUAACCUAAUCUGAGCUUCUGAGAGAAAGAUAAUGUUAUUUCUUUUCGUCCAUAAUCUUCGUGGAAAGUCACUUGGUGGACAAACAAGCACCUUUUUAAACAUGUUCUAAGAAACUUACACAAAAGCAAACACAAAAAGCCAACAGCACUAAAAUUAUCAGCAUAAACUGGAGCACAGUACUUGUUGUCAGCAUACCAGGCUUUUUCUUAAAAGUUGUCACUAUUCUUCAUGUUCUUUGUUGCAUUAGGUGCCAAUCAGACUACAGACUGACAUUUGCCCGGGAGCUUAUGUUCAAAGUGAGACAUGUGGUGCAUUGAAGAAGAGUUAGAUUUACUUUCCAACACUGUGUUAUGCACCUCAGUGCUCCCGAUGCCUGCUGGCGUGCUGUUUACUGUCACAAGCCACUGAAAACAGUCAAGAAAAGUGUGCCAGUUUCUCCACUUUGUAAGUGUGAUCGCUGUCUAAGGGGCUGAAUAGAGUUACAGAGUAGAGAUUUUCAGAUAAACAGGAUAAUGUAUUGUAGUCACAUCUUAACGUGUAACCUCAAGCUUUUUUUCACAAGCUGACUUGGUGCCAUAUUUCAAAACUACUGUACAUAGUUGAGAUAUAAUAAUUACACUUAGCCUUUUCCCUUUGCAGUAUAGAUGGGCUUCAUGUGGAAGGGGGAACAUGGGUUUGGGUGGUUAUGAUGAUUAAUCAUAGAUUGCCAGCUUUAACAAUAUGUAUUAUUAAUGUACUCUUUGUUAACUCUCUAAUGGAGACUAUAUGUUCCAAAAAAGUGUUCUCCCCCUAUGGACUUGGCAUGUUACUGAAGCAUUAAUAGAAUGGAUAGAUUAUAACAUGUAACUUAAAAAGAGACUGUUUAAUUUAUUUGCAUCCUGCUCCUGUUAAAUGUAAUACUUAGCAUGCAUGAAGAUGAAAAAUACAAAGAGAUGUAGAAUCAAACUGAGGGAAUAUUGAAAGUGAAUACCUGAGAGGCUCCAGAACUGCAGCAAUAAUAAUAUAUAGUAUGUGAAAAAAAUAUGUGAAUAAAUUAUUAUGCAAA